UUACAUAUACGCAGUACGCUUGCAUCGUCACCGCUGAUUUUCGUAACCACCUGUCGACUCUGGCGAAGCUUUCUUCGACAUGUUUUCUAUUGAAGACUUCAAGAAACUUCACGACUCCGGCGGUCAGUGGAGCUGCGAUUUGGAGUUGGUGCCGCCAGUGACUGACAACAUGAUCGACAGCCAUUUCGGCGAGUCGCACCAGCAGCUGCAUAAAGGCUGGAUGUUCAAAGAGGAAAGGUACAUUCGCCAGAUCGAGUAUCUGAUGCGCGGACAACCAACAGGGACCGAACUUGUGUUGCGCAGCAUAUGCUUGUGCUCAAUGAAAGCUGGCCACUACAAGCAAGUCGUAACGCUUGGUAAAGGCGGAGCCGGGGCCGUCGUCCAAGCAUACUGCGAUUGCGUUGCUGGUCAAAGCCAAAGGUGCCAGCAUAUAGCUGCAUUGCUGUUUGCCAUUCGAAGUAUCCAGAGGCCGUCUUGUACGAGUGUCCCGUGCAGAUGGAUGGCACCAACACAAGGACAAAACCAUUUGCUGACCAAACCCUUGGCCGACAUCACCUUUAAGAAACAUGUGAUUAACAAGACGGUGCCCAUUAAGGCUAAGCAACAACUUCCUCCUCAUUUGAGAACAGCUGGGCACUAUGGGCUGUUGAAGUCUAGGAGUGCGAUUGCCACACGUGCACCUGAGCUGGUGUGGAACCGUUACACAGAGAGGCCAGCGCCAGUGAGAAAUGUGAGGACAUGAAUUCGCAGAAGUGCCUCACAUUGAUUGAUGAAUAUUUCAAGGAGCAGGUGUCCCUCACAGCUACCGAGAGGGCAGAUAUCUGUGCAAAGACCGUAGGCCAGAAUAAGAACCCUGCAUGGUUCACAGAAAGAACCGGAAAGCUAACUGCUUCAAAGUUCCGCAGGAUACUGCACUGCCUGAAGCCAGAAGGGCUUGUUAAUGAAAUACUUUACCCUCGCAAGGAAAUAAUGAAGAGUGGUGACCCCAGGCUCUACGGAACACAAACUGACGCAAAAGCGGUUGAAAAAUAUCUAGAAUUCAUGCUAUAUGACAAAAAUAUAAAUGUCCUGGAAACAGGAUUGCACAUUCAUGAAUUGCAUUCUUUCAUUGCCGCAUCGCCCGAUCGCCUUGUGAGAGAUGGCAGUGAGGAUGGGCUUCUAGAAGUGAAGUGCCCCGCUUCGAAAGCUGGCCAAAGAGUUGUUGAUGCCUGCUCUGACAAAGGUUUCUACUUGGCAGUAACUAAUGGUGAGGUCACCCUGAAAAAAGACCAUUAUUAUUACUGCCAAGUACAAGGACAGAUGGGAGUCGCGAAGAAGCCUUGGUGCGACUUUGUAGUCUUCACAGAUCAUGCUGACCUUCAAGACUCCAUAUCAGUGAAACGUAUAUAUUUGGACGCAGAAAUUUGGAAAGACAUACUUCAGGGCCUGGUAUACUUUUAUAAGGCUGCUAUAAUUCCAGAACUCAUGACACGACAUAUUCGACGCCUUGGAUUUCUUUACAUUACAGGUGCAGGCUACGUGUCCUACAAGAAGUAUGCUGUGGGGUUUUAUGUAGUUGACCAUUGUGAUGAGGACAAUCUGAAAAUGACUAUCAGAAGGCUGACGCACACAUAGUGCGUUCCUUUGCAUCAUAAAACUAGUGCAUGACGACACCUUUUAAGUGCUCUGAAUAAAUAUACCGCAUGCUUUCGUGUUCUAUUACAUGGUGUCUGUCUCCACUUCCUUCCCAUUAUUUAUUAGUGGUCGCCUAAAGUUUGAGAGAAAUGCACAUGUGAAAAUUGCGUCUGCUAUGUCUAACAUGUUUAUAGGUAAGGGUCUGUCCAAUAAAUGGAACUCCUUGAUUCUUCUUAUGACCCUUUCAAUGUGCACCCGUGCACUUGCAACAUGCUUUGUGGCUUCAACAUCCUCGGCACUCAUCUACGCUUCUCCAGGAAUACGAAAUGGAGGCAUAUGAAGGACAACACCACGUGGCAGAAGGUCAUCUACCUUGAAUCCCUUGUCAACCAUGAUGCCAUCUCCCGAUUUGAACAUAUCAAGUACUCCAGACUGUUGCACAAUAGCUCUGUCACUGGUACUUCCCCCAUAUAAUGGCGACACAAAGCUAACAUAGCAGUCAGGUGUUGCGGCUACAACACAUUUCAUUGUGUUUGCGAACUUGUAGUGGGAGAAAGUUCAUCUCUGAGCAGUUAAGCUUGAGGGCUUUUGUAUACGGAUUUCUGUUGUGUCAGGUAUUAUACGUGUGUUUGGGUACCGUCUAAAAUGAGGUGGCAUGUGCUGUUGUACUUCAGGAAGUGUGGGGAAGCUAGUUAUUUCAGUGAGAACCUUCUGCAAUAUAAGUACCCAUUCUGAAGAUAUACGACUGAAUGAUGGCAUUGAAAUUAAAAAAUUGCGAGCAAUCUCUCGGGUGGCCAUACCUGUCCUUAAGCGAACCAGUACUGCAUACAUCUGCUCGGCAGCACUGAGUGACCUGCUCUUUAUGUCUAUUGCAAACCGAGGGUUAUUGUUCAAAACUAAAUUUAGUAUAUCAUAAAACACUUGCACAGAAGGCGAUCCUGUGUAAUAUAACAUAUGCUCAGUACCUUGCAUGUUAUCGAGGCACAGUGUUGUAGCCUUCAGCUCGUAGUAAUGUGCUUUCCACUGUAUUGUUUGUUCCUCAGCAGCUUUUAGCUGUACUUCUAGCUUUUGCACCUUCUUUCUUUCUGCACUUAAUUGGCUUUCAAGCAGCAUAAUAUGCUCUAGAGAGAAAUUAUUCGCCUGACAGCUCUUUUUGUGUUCAGCUGGUACACUAUGCAAUGCCGCACUAUCUUCACAGGUCGUAGAGCCUAAUGACAUUGCACUUGCUGCUCUGCUUAAUGGUGUUCCUUGACCAAGAGGUGGAGUAGAUGCCCUGGCAACUGGUUGGCAAUCCUGUGGU